CGUACCUUCCCCACUCCCAUUUUCAUUUAUACAGCUUGAGCAUGCUAACUGUAUGUCCUAAAUUUCAGUGGCGAGUCUAAAAAAGUAAAAAAAAAGUAGAAAAACACCUUGACAUUAAAAAAUAAUAACCGCGGCAGUUAAUUUAAGUGUUGGGGUAACUAAACAAAUUGCUAUAUUAUGAAUUUUGAGGACUAUGAAACCCUACCAACAAGUAAUGUAUUUACGCAUAUGACUGCGGGUGCUUUCGCCGGGGUAAUGGAGCACUGCCUUAUGUACCCCCUCGAUUCAGUAAAGACGAGGAUGCAAUCGCUGCUGCCCUCAACGACCAGGGAUGGGGUCAGUAGGACGUUGUUUAAGAUGGUGCAGCAGGAGGGCAUAUUUCGGCCGGUUCGGGGUAUGCCCGCGGUUGUAGUCGGUGCCGGACCAGCACACGCUUUCUACUUUAGCAGUUACGAAUACCUGAAGGAGACGAUGACUCGACAUACAAGUACAACUAGAUAUCACACUGCAAUUUACGGUAAGUGCGACAGGACUUUUGUUUACAAUCGAAUCGCUCUUUAAAUGCGACCUUGAAAAUUAAUAACUGGCAAUUAAUUCAAUUUUUCACCAUUUACCCGAUUUUAGGAAGCACUCUAAUGACACAAUCUAAUUCUGUAGGUUUAAGGAUAUAUUUUUAGUUUUGAAUGCCGACAUUCCAUGCCAAGUUAUCUCAUAAGUGUGUUAUUUUGGUUAGUACAGCCGAGACCAUUUAAUCUACUCUAUCUUAUUUAUCGCUGAAGGAUAUAGAGAAAUUGUACAAUGUUCGACAGUGCUCAAAAAGGAGAAGUUUAAAAUUUGUUCCGUAAUAAAAUUAAAUUAUCUUCCAUUGUAUGCUACGUAAUUGGUAUGAAUUAUGAAAUGAAUACUUAAUG